AUGGAGGGUGAUUUUGGGAAGGAGCGGUUCCAGGAGCUGCAGGAGCAGCGCAUGACCGUCCAGAAAAAGACCUUCACAAACUGGAUCAACAAUGUCUUCUCCAAGAACAAGGUUGAUAUAGUGAUCAGGGAUAUGUACACAGAGCUGAAGAGCGGUGUCUAUCUGAUCAGGCUGUUGGAGCUCAUCUCUGGAGAGAAGCUGCCCUCUCCGAGCAAGAAGAGCAUGAGAGUGCAUUACCUGGAGAACAACAGCAUUGCCAUCCGCUUCCUCAAGACCAAGAUAAGAGUGGAUCUGAUUGGCCCGGAGAACGUUGUUGAUGGCGACCGCACCCUGAUCCUGGGACUCAUCUGGAUCAUCAUUUUGCGCUUCCAGAUCUCAUCCAUCACGCUGGACGAGGAGUUUGGUACCAGUACCGCCCGCCGCUCUGCGAAGGAGGCCCUGCUGAUCUGGUGCCAGCGCAGGACAGCCGGCUACAACAACGUCUGCGUGCAGGACUUCUCAGGCAGUUGGAGUGACGGCCUUGCCUUCAACGCCCUGAUACACGCCCAUCGGCCUGACCUGCUUGACUACGGUUCCCUGCAGCCGCACCAGCCCCUGGUGAACCUGCGCACCGCGUUCAGGGUGGCAGAGAGCGCGCUGGGUAUCUCGUGCCUGCUGGACCCCGAGGACGUGGCCGUGCCCCACCCCGACGAGAAGUCCAUCAUGACCUAUGUGUCUCUCUACUACCACUACUUCUCCAAGCUGAAGCAGGGCCAGACUGUGCAGAAGAGGCUCUUCAAGAUCGUAGGGCUGCUGAAGGAGCACGAGGACCUGAGGCAGCAGUAUGAGAAGAUGGUGUCAGACCUGCUGGCCUGGAUCAAGGCCAAGGUGGUGGAGCUCGAUGGCCGGCACUUCCCCAACUCCCUGCAAGGCGUGAGGCAGCUGGUGAGCCUUUUCAAGGACUACCGCAUGCGUGAGAAGCCACCCAAGUACCAGGAGCGCGGGGCCCUGGAAGCCCUCUUCUUCAACCUUCGCAUGAGGCUGAGGGCCAACAACCAGCGUGUCUACCUGCCCCCCGAGGGCUGGGGACUGGGGGACGUGGAGAGGCAGUGGGGGGUGCUGGAGCAGGCGGAACACGGCCGGGAGAGGGCCCUGCAGGAGGAGAUGCUGAGGCUGGAGCGGCUGGAGCAGCUGGCGCAGAAAUUCGGGCGCAAGGCGGCCCUACGUGAGGGCUACCUGGCGGACACUGGCAAGCUCCUAGCCAAGCAGGACUACCGAGCCCUGGGGAGCCCAGAAGCAGCACAGGCUGCCAUCUGCAGGCUGGAGGCCCUCACUGCAGACCUGCACUCCCGGGGGCAGCGAUUCCAAGCGCUCCGUGACAUGGCAUCCAUGAUCGAGAGGGAGGACUACCACAGCAAGGGGCAGAUCACACAGAGAGAGGAGGCGAUCGCUCGGCGAUGGAGAGAGUUGCUGCACCAUCUGCAGAGGCACCGGGAGACCCUACAGGAUGCUGUGCAGACUCUGGGGCUGCUGAAGGUCGUUGAGGGUGUGUCACAGGACCUGCAAGAGCUGCAGGCCCUGGCCUCCUCUCCAGACUAUGGGAAGCAGCUCCCGGAGACUGAAGCCCUGCUGCAGAGGCAGGAGCUGUUGGACUCUCAGAUCUCCUCUCAGGGGGAGACUCUACGGAGCCUGACCCGGAAAGUGGGCGGGCUCAAGGCUGAGCAUCAGGUACAGACCCGGGUGCAAGCCCUUAACACCCAAUACCAGAACCUGGAGGCUCAAAGCAGGAUCAGGAGGCAGGCCCUGCUGGAGCAACUCCAGGUGUUUGAGUUCUUCAGGGACUGUGAGGAGGUCGAGUCCUGGAUCUACGAAAAGUGGCAGCUGGUUCGAACCUCCAACCUGGGGAGAGACCUCAACCAGAUCCUGCUGACAACCCAGAAACACAAGGCUCUGGAAGCCGAGGUGCUUUCCCAUAAGCCCCUGUGCAGUGGGGUGGUCAAGAAAGGUCACGACCUCUGCAGGAAGGGCCAUCCGAAUGAGCGGGCGAUCAGGAAGUGGGCGGAGACUCUGCAGAGACAGUGGCAGCAGCUGACAGACGAGGUGGCCAAUCGCAAGACACGACUGCAGGCGGCAGAGCUCAUCAAACAGUAUUUUGUCGAUGUGAACGAGGCGGACUCCUGGCUUCGGGAGAGGAAGCCCCUGCUCACCAGUGAGGAUUGUGGGAAGGACGAGUCAAGUGCAGAGGCCCUGCUGCAGCGACACCUCCGGCUGGAGAAGGAGAUAGCAGCUUACUCGUCGGAGGUGAAGCGGCUGGGGGAGCAGGCCAAGAGCGCCGCCCUGCAGGCCCCUCUCACUGAGGAGCCCCAGGAGAAGCUGAGGGUGCCGGACAGCGCUUCCUCAGAGGACGAGGGGGAUGGGAAGGAGAGAGGACGGCCGCUGAGCCGGAGAGCAGCCGGAGGGAGGAACCUUGAACCAGGGGCUGGGGGGAACGCACAGCCUGCACAAGCCAAGAUGAGAUUGACCUUCAGAGAUGGGAAGCUGGAGUUCCCCCGUGGUCAGGUGAUGGAGGUGCUGAGUAAGAGGGACGGUGACAAGUGGAGGCUGAAGAACAGUAAGGGAGAGGUGGCACUGGUUCCAGUCUCCCACCUCACUGAGCUGGAAGCCAAGGUGGUGGUACACUCCCCGGUGUUGAAGAAUGGGGUUCAGCGGAGCCCCCCGACCAAGGUGAGCCGACCCAGGCGCAGUCGCUCGAUGCGUCGCGGCACCACAGAGAUCCAGUUCAGCUCAGCGACCGGACCCGACCCACACCUUGACCCAGACACUAUCCACAGCACCCAGAGUGCGCUGGACUCCGAAUUCAAUACCCUGCUCAGACUGGCCCAGACUCGGAGGACAGCCCUGGAGGAGACGAUCCGGCUCUUCCGAUUCUAUAGCACGUGUCGGGAGUGCGAGUCCUGGAUGGGGGACAAGGAGAACGUGCUCAACACCUUCCAGCCCAAAUCCGAGAACGUAGAGGUCAUGCAGAUCAAAUACCAGAACUUCCUGACGGAGCUGGCGGGUGGGAGGGGCCGGCUGGAUGACAUCACCAGGCUGGGGGAGGAGCUAGUGAAGAGUGGCCACAGCAAGAAGGACGAGAUCCGGGCGAGAGAGGAGCAGGUCACCAACAGGUGGGAGCGGCUGCAGCACCUCAAGGAUGAGAAGGGGCGGGAGCUGCUGGGCACGGCUGAUGUCAAGUCCUUCCUGCAGAGCUGCCAGGAUGCCCGGACCCUGCUGCAGGACAAGCUGGUCCAGCUGGAGGGCACCGAGCUGGGCAGCACCUCACCUGCUCUGGAGGCUGAACGCCGUAGGCAGGGCCAUGCCGAGAGAGAGAUAAUGGCGUUGGAGAGGAGGAUCGAGUACCUGAAGGGCAUAGCCAAGAUGAAGCAGGACUUGAGCCCCGCGGAGAGUGCUGCAAUUCUGGCAGAGGUGCGCGAUCUGGAGCGCCUGCUGGAGCGAGUGAAGGUGCAGGCAGAGGGGCGGAGGAGAGGAGUGGAGGAGGCACUGUACAGGGCUCACUUCCUCCAGGAGACUCAGGACUUGCAGCUCUGGGCGGAGGGCGCUCGCGACAGGCUGGUGGGACAGGAGAGCGGCUCUGACCUGGCCUCUGCAGAGAGGCUCGUGCAAGAGAACCAGGACCUCCGGAAAGAGAUGGAUGCACAGCGGGAGAGGUUGCAGUCAGCAGAGGCUCUGGGGGACUCCCUGUCCAGCUGCUCUCCUGGCAAGGCAUCUGAGGUGAGACAGACUCUGGGCAAGCUGAACCGCCAGUGGGCAGAGCUGGAACACCUGUGGACCAAUCGGGACAGGCGUCUGCAGGAGGGGGUGGAGCUGCAGCACUUCAACCGCGAGGCUGACCGAAUUGAAGCGGCACUGUCGAGUCACGAGGCCAGGCUUCGAGUGCAGGACCUGGGGGACUCAGUGGACAGCGUGCAGAGCCUGCUGAAGAGACAGGAGGAGCUGGAGAGCCUAGUGAAGGUGCUGGACCCCAGGAUCAGGGGUCUGCAGGAGAAGGGGGACCAGCUGGCAGGGAAACGGCACUUUGCUGCUAAAAACAUCCAGCAGAGGGCGCAAGCAGUGCAGCGCCAGAGAGAGAAGCUGGGAGAGAGCAGGGACUCCAGGAGGAAGAAGCUGCAGGAGUCAAUGAAACAUCAGGAGUUUAAUCGCGAUGCCGCAGAGCUGCUCCUGUGGAUGGAUGAAAAGUUCAAGAUUGCAGAGGAUGAAUCGUACCGAGACCCGACCAACAUCCUGCUCAAACUGAAGAGACACGAGGCGGCAGAGAAGGAGAUGCAGGCUAACCAGGUGCGACUGGAGGAGCUCAAACAGGCGUGUGCGGCGAUGCUGGCGGAGGGUCACCCUGCCCGCCGCGCGCUCCAGGAGAAGAUGGGCGAGGUGAGCGACAGGUGGGCGGAGCUGCAGGGGAAGAUGACGGAGCGCGGAGACAAGCUGAGGCAGGCCGGGCAGCAGGAGCAGCUGAUGGAGCUUCUGCAGGAUGCCAAGGUGAACAUGGAGGCGAUCGAGAGGAUGCUGCAGGAUGCUGGGAAAGGUCACGACCUGCGCUCUAGCCGGCAGCUGCUGAAGGAGCACCGGCAGCUGGAGAGCGAGACGCGAGAGCUGGCAGAGAAGAUGAACGCCAUCGUAAGCCGCGCAGAGAACAUGGCAACCAACCACUUCGACUCUCAGAGGAUCCUGAGAGAGACGCAGAAAUACCUGGACAGGUUCAAGUCCCUGCAGCACCCCUUGUCUCAGCGGAGGACCCAGCUGGAGGCGUCGGUGGUGCUGUACGAGUUCUACCACGACCUGGACGUGGAGCGAGGCUGGAUCUCGGAGCGCUGGCCCAGCGCAACCUCCACCAACUAUGGGAGGUCACUGGACACUGCACAGAGCCUGCUCCAGAAACACAGGGAGCUCCAGGCAGAGGUGAAGGCUCACAAGCAGAACCCCCAGCGAGUCCUGGAGAAGGGGAGGGUGAUGGGCGGCUCUCGAUUCUUCAGUGGAGAGGACAUUGCGGAGCGCAGCAGGCAGCUGGGAGAGGACUGGGAGCAGCUGGAGAGCGCCUGCGAGCACAGGGCUGCAGGGCUGCUUCACUCGGUCACACUGCAGCAGUUCCAGCAGGACUCUGCUGAGCUGGCGUCCCGCCUGUCUGAGACCCUCCCUCUGGUCAGCAGUGAUGAUUAUGGGAAGAGCGAGCUGUCCACUCUGAGCCACAUGAAGAAGCACAAGGCUGUGCUCACUCAGAUCGAGGCAUUGGGUGGACAGGCUGCAGAGCUGCGGUCCCAGCGGCUGGAGGAGGCUGUGCUUCAUCACGAGUACCAGCGGGAGUCCACUGAGCUGAAGGACUGGAUCGCUGAGCAACGGCAGCACGCCUGCUCUGAGGAUUAUGGGGGCGACUAUGAGCAUGUGCAGCUUCUGCGAGGGACGUAUGAGGGGCUGCAGCGCCUCCUGGAGGUGGGUGCAGAGCGGGUACGAGGCUGCCAGGAGCUCGCUGAUUCCAUCAUCCUUCACGGCCACCCCCAGUCCCGGGACAUCCGACAGGCUCAGGACCAGCUCAGGCAGUCCUGGGAGGAGCUGAGGGGGCUGGCUCGGGUUCGAGGGCAGAGGCUGCAGGAAGUGGAGGAAAUCCACAAGAUCAACCGAGGCCUGACUGACGCCCUCGCUGACAUCGAGGAGAAAUACAAAAGCAUCCCUGACAAUAUUGCAAAGGACCUGCGGGGGGCGCUAACACAGCUCCGCAAGCAUGAAGCACUGGAGCAUGAACUAGCUGGAAACGAGCAGCAGCUGCAGGAGCUGCUGGACAGAGCAGACAAGCCUUUGGGCGGCUGCCCCCCUGAGCUGGCCGGAGCCCUGCAGGAGAGGCAGCAGGAGGUGGUGGAGAGCUGGGAGAGGCUGCGAGUGAAAGUGGAGCAGAGGAGAGAGGACCUGGAGCAGACCUGCCAUCAACACCGCUUCAUCAACACUGUGCAGGACUAUGUACUGUGGUGCGAGGAGGUGCUGAGGGGGAUGCGCGUGGAAGAAUUGGUGCGUGACGUGUCAGCCUGCGACCUGCAGCUCACCCUGCACCAGCAGCUCCGUGCGGAGAUGGACGCUCGCGAGGAGACAUACAGCCUGGGGCUCAGCUUGGGGCGGGAGCUGCUGCAGGAGGAGAUCCCAGCCACCAGAGAGAUCCAGGACAAGCUGCAGGCACUGAAUGAGGCUCGGGAGAGUCUGUACCAGCAGUGGGAGCUGAAGAGGGGCUGGCUGGAGGGGAUGCGCCUGGAGCAGAUCUAUUACAGAGACAUCACAUACAUGGAGAAGAUCCUCAACUCACAGGAGAUCCAUCUGAAGAGCAGUGCUCUUGGGGACUCGGUGGACGAGACAGAAAGACUCAUCAAGAGACACGAAGCCUUUGAGAAGCUGCUGAGCUCCCAGGAGGAGAAGGUGACCUCCCUGAAAGAGCAGGCGGAGCAACUGAAGAAGGAAGGCUUGAAGAAGGACAGCACGGCUCACGUGCAGCACAAACUGAACUCAGUCCUGGAGAGGAGAGGGCGAGUGAAGGAGCUAUCAGCGAAGAGAUACAAGGAGCUCAGGACAGCCCAGCUGCAUGCACUCUUCAACAGGGACCUGGCGGAGGCGGAGGGCUGGAUUGCUGAGCGGAUGGAGAAGCUGCAGGAUGACUCCAGGAAGGACCUGAGUGAGCUCAGGGUGAAGAUGAAGCUGCUGCAGAAGCACCAAGCCUUUGAAGCUGAGAUCCUGGCGCACACCGAGAUCAUCGCUGCAGUGCAGAAAGAGGGUGAGGCUCUGGUCUCGCUGCACCACCCCAGGUCCUCGGAGGUGCGGCGGGGUGCCAAGGCUCUGCAGGACCACUGGGAGGCGCUGCGCAGGGCAGUGGUGGCGCGGGGGAAGCUGCUGGAGGACAGCAGAGACUUCCUGGAGUUUCUGCAGAGAGUGGAGCAGGUGGAGGCCUGGAUCAGACACAAGGAUGUUAUGAUCAGUGGUGUGUCCGUCAAGGAUUAUGAGCACGGGCUGCAGCUGCUGAAGAACACUCAACGAGUUCAGGGCUCCGGCGCAGCGGAAGUGACCGUGGACGACGCCCACAUCAAGGCUAUUAAUACUCUGGCCAGCCGGCUGGAGAGGCAAAACAAAGAGGAAGUGACCACUGUCCGGCAGCGCAGACUGCAGCUCAACGAGAGAUGGAACAGUUUCCAUGGCAACCUGAGUCGUUACCGGAAGAGGCUGGAGGGGGCGCUAGAGGUGCACUCACUGAUCAGAGAAUUGGAGGAGAUUCGGGAGAGGAUUGGGGAGAAGAGUCUGCUGAUGCAGGGGCUGGACUGGGGACAGGACGUGGCGAGCGUGGAGAUUCUGAUUCGCCGGCACGAGGAGACUCUGCGAGAGAUCAAAGUCAUCCAGGAGAAGACUGCGGCCCUGGAGAAGGAGGCUCGGAGCCUGGGGAGGACGGAGCCAUCCCUGGGGGGAAGGCUGAGCCAGAAGCAGCAAGGGGUGAAGGAGGCCUGGCUCCAGCUGGAGAGGGAGGCCAAGCUUCGUAAGGAGAAGCUCCAGGCCGCUCUGCAGCUCCAGUGCUUUAAUGCUGACCAGCGUGAGCUCCUCCACUGGGUCCAGAAGGUCACGACCCUGAUGUCAGAGAGCGGGAUGCCCAAGAACAAGAGCGAGGCUGAGAGCCUGAGAGCAGAGCACCGAGAGAGGAAGGCAAGUAUCGAUGCACGGCGGGAGCGCUUCGACUCAGUGAAGAGUUGCGGUUACAAGCUGACCUCCUCUAGACACUACGCCUCCGUGGAGAUCCAACAGGCUCUGGGCACGCUAGAGGAGGCUCGGGCUGGGCUGGACCGGGCCUGGCAGGACCACAGCCUGAGACUGGACCAGGCGCUGGAGCUGCAGAUAUUCUACAGCUACGUGGAGCAGAGUGAGAGCUGGCUGAGCAACAAGGAGGCUUUCCUUGCCAAUGAAGACCUGGGGGACUCCUUGUCCAGUGUGGAGGCUCUUCAGAGGAAGCACCACCACUUCGAGAAGACCCUGGAGGCUCAGCUGGAGAAGGUGGAGGCCAUGGAGAGGUUUGCACGACAGCUUACCCAGAAACAGCACUUUGACUCGGAGAACAUCGCCAGCAAGAGCCAGGCUGUGCUGCUCAGGAAGGGGAAGCUGCUGGAGAGCUGUGCAGAGCGCAGGGGGAGGCUGCAGGAAUCCUGGCAGCUGUACAAGUUCCUGGGAAACAGCUAUGAGGUGUGCUCCUGGCUCAAUGAGAGGAACGCAGUGGCGUUGGAUGAGAGCUGGAGGGACCCAACAAACUUACAGGCCAAGCUGCAGAAACACCAGAGCUUCGAGGCAGAGAUCACAGCCAACCAGAACCGUGUGCAGGCCAUCAAUGCGGAAGGGGAGGCGAUGCUGGCCGCGGGACACUUCACCCCAGACAAGAUCAGCACGAGACUGCAGGAGCUGCAGAGACUCUGGGAGCAGCUCCACACAAACUGCCAGCAGAAGAGGAGCCGGCUGCUUGAAGCUUACCAGGCCCUGCAGUUCCAGCGCUCCCUGCAGGAUCUUGAUGACUGGCUGUGCUCGGUGGAGGCUGAGCUCUCGAACCCGGACUGUGGCUCGGACCUGCCCUCAGUCACCCGGAUGCUUAAGGCCCUGGAGGGUGUGGAGGAAGGGGUCGAAGGUCACCUUGAGAGGAUUCGGGGACUGGUUGAGCGUGCCAAGCGCUUCCGGGUCGAGGGGAACUUCCUGGCAGAGGAGAUCCAGCAGCGUGUGGGAGAGACGGUGCAAAGGUAUAACAUGCUGUCGGAGCCCCUGGAGGAGCGCAGGGAGAACCUGGAGGCGUGGCAGCUGCUGUUCCAGUGCUACCGGGACCUGGAGGAUGAGCUGGUCUGGGUUCAGGACAGGCUGCCCCUGGCAUACUCACAGGACUGGGGCAACUCGGUGCACAGCACACAGGCACUGCUCAAGAAACACCAGGCUCUGCUCAGUGAGCUGGUCAGUCGGGAGCCCCUGGUCCAAGCUGUGCUCGAGGCGGGGCAGAGUCUGGUCAAGGGGCGACACUUUGCCGCUGCAGAGAUCGGGAAGCGUCUAUCUGAGCUGAGGGAGGCCAUGCACAGCCUACAGGGGGAGGCAGAGAGCCGGGGCAGGAAGCUUCAGGAGGCCCUGCAAAUACAGACCUUCCUUUCAGAGCUGUCCGAGCUGGAGUCCUGGAUGGGGGAACGGCGCCCCCCGCUGGAGGCCUCUGAUUUUGGGCGGAAUGAGGAGGCGACCAUGGCACUGCUGCACAAGCUGGACUCCAUCAGGGAGGGCGCGGCUUGGAGCUGCUACCCGGCACCCAGACAGGUACACAGUCACCGCAACCAAACGCAACCACUGACCCUUACACUCACACAGGUACAAAAAACGCAGCACCCAAACAGUCACCUGGUCUCGGAGCGGCUGGAGCCCAUGUUGGAUCAGUACCGGUCCCUGCUGCAGCUCUCCGCAGAGCGGCGAGCCAUCCUGGAGCAGCAGAAACAGCUGUACGUGUUCGAGAGAGAGGCCCGCGAGUUCAGCAACUGGGUCAGCACUAAAAAGAGUGCAGCAGAGUCUGAGGAGUAUGGGCAAGACCUGGACGCUGACCCGACAGUUUUCAUUGAUCAGGAGAGAGAAUGGGCAGAGGAGAGUGAGAAGAGGCAGAGGGAGGUACUGCUGAAGAAGUUUGAAGAUUUCUCCAUGGAAGUGAGUGCGCUGGGUCAAAGCAAACUGGAGGCCGUGCUACAGCUGGGGCAGGAAGUGAGGUCACCCGAGGGCCAGGAAAGAGAGGCAGAGCUGUUCCAGCUAUGGGAUGGGCUAAAACAGACAAUAGAGACUCGAGGAAAGAACCUGCAGUCUGCUCGCGAGGUGCACCAGUUUGACCAUGAUGUGGAUGAGCUGAAGAGCUGGAUAAGUGAGAAGAUGGCUGGGCUGGACUCUGAGGACCACGGGACAGACCUGCUGAGUGCACAGGCCCUGCUGAGACAGCAUGAGGGGCUGGAGCGUGACCUGGCUGCGAUCGAGAGGAAGGUGUCGGACACAUGUGCCGAGGGCUCAGAGCUGAGCGGCCGCUACCCGCAGGUUCGGGACAGCCUGAGCGAGCGGCUGGAGGAGGUGGAGCUCAGCUGGGAGAGCCUGCGUAGAAAAGCCAGUGAGCGUAGGGAGAUACUGAGCCAGGCAGUGACCGCACACACCUACUUCAGUGACUGGAGAGAACUCGCUGCAUGGCUGAACGAGACCCAGUCCCUGCUGGGUGCGGAGGAGCUGGGAGGGGAUGGGGGGGAUGUGGAGCUGCAGCUGAAGAGGCACGAGGAGCACCACAGAGAGAUGGAGAAGCAGGCGGAGAAAGCACAGGCCGUGAGGGAGCAGGGGCGCCACCUGCUGGACACAAAGCACUUCAUGAGCAGAGAGGUUGAGGAGAAGCUGGAGGAGCUCUCUGCGCUGGAGACUCAGGUUCUAGAGAGCUGGGAGACGCGGAGGGAGCUGUACCAGGAGGAGAUGGAGAUUCAGAGUCUGCAGAGAGAGCUGGAGGAGGCAGAGCGGUGGAUGAGCACCAGGGAGACUACACUGAGCGAGGACAGAUACGGGGACUCGGUGCCGGACGUUCUGGAACUCCUGAAGAGACAAGAGGACCUGGAGGUCAUGCUGUCAGCACAGGAGGAGAGAUUCAACCAGCUACUGGAGAGGAGGACCAAGAGAGAGCGGCGCCUGCAGGAGCUGCAGGGAGGCGGGACCAAGGAGAGGGAGCGGGUGAGCAGGGUGCCCUCGCUGCAAAGGAAACCCUCCGACCGGCGAGUGGAGGCUGAGAGGGGGAGGGGGAUCAAACCCAGCCCCCUGUCCUUGCAGCAGAGCCAGACCAGGGGGGCCAGCAGCAGCUUGGGGGAAGACACCAUCCUGUCCCCGGUCAGGCGCUUUGCACGAACCCCCCCCUCCCCCCGACCCCUGGGACUGCAGACCACUGUCCCAGCAGGAAAGAGGAACCUGAAGACCCCAAAAUCCCCCACUAAACCCCCCCUGCUACCCAAACCCUCCCUGACGCAUCGGGACCCAGGGGAGCGAGGGGAGAGAGAGACCCAACCCCCUCCUCGCGCUGCCCCCAGACUCACUGUGACAAAAGAGCUAUCGGAGCCACUGCUCUCUGCUCCCAGUCCAGCUCUGCAGGAGGAGAGGUUGGAGAAGAUUCAACAGAACUCCACGGCAGCACUGUCUGAACCUGACAGUCCAACUCAGCAGACCCAGCCCAGUGUGAACAGAACCGCCCAGCCCACUGCCCCCCACGAACUGCAGAUCCAAAGUGGAGCCCCUCAGCCAAGACUCAGCAGCGUGAUCGGAGAGAGCUCCCCCAAACUCUCACCCAGGACAGGGAGGGACAAAGAGAGGCAGGGCAGCAAAGACAUCCUCCCCAGGAGGACCCCGUCUUUCAAGCUGAGACAGGGGGGGGAGGAGAGCCCCGCGCAGCCUGACGAGACAGAUUCAGCUAUCAGCGGCAAACCCUCUCCCCCAACCCCCACUGCCACCAGGCUCUCCUUGGGACUCCAGGACAUAGAUAAAGAGGAGGGGCUGUCCGCUGUGCCGGAUCUGGGGUCCUCAAAGAGGAAAGCCCCCUCAGCACCCCCCUCACAACCAGCUGAGGACACGAGUCCUGAUGACAGUGCGGAGAUUGCCAUGGAAGCAGGAGCCCCCCCCAAGCCCCCACACACAUACUACAACCAGCACAGCUACCCGGAGUUGGGGGAGGUCCAGGAGAAGAGCCGAACCCAGGACCAGGACCAGGGGAGUCUUGCUGCAGCCACACACAGCCCUGCCUCAGGGUUCCACGCUCAGAGCCUGAGGACGAGGAACCUGCCCUCUCACAACACAGCCCCUCCGGGAGCCUCAACACAUAGCGACAUCGGCAGCAACGAGAAGCCGAAGAAAGACAAGAAACUCUUCAAGAAACUCUUCAAGAAGUGAUUCCCCAUUACCAUCCCUGCACAGAGACUGUCAGCUAUUCAGACAUCCUAAAUAAAACAGUCCAUUCCAAUCCUGGACCGUGACCCAACCAGGUCCCUGGAUACUGAACUGAGCAGUGCAGAGAGCCUGGUUCCAGUCCGGUCCGUAAUUGGUUAUUUGAACCCUAGUGUCGAGUAAUUAGAAAUCUCAGAACGUUCAUCCUCCAAUCAGGAAGCUCCAUUAUGGGACUCUAACUCGGUAAACACAACCAAAAGGCAAACAAGUGAGCAGUUUAAAAGAUGGAAAUGUGUAGCAGUGCAGGUAUUUGACAGCAAUAAAACCCAGCUUAGAACGGGCAACUACCAGACAGUAACGCCCUCAACGGCUGGCUGAUUUAAGACCUGGCUAGAGCAAGGCACUGGAUAGGAAUGGACUGACAGGGCUGUUAAAUUAGCAGAGAGAACGAAUCAACCUCUUGAUCUGGAGAGAGAAAUGAAGAGCCUAGUAGGGCACUAGCUAGAGAUUUCAUUUUUUGUUUUCUGAAAAGCUUGAUUUUUUUAUAAAUUGAAGGGUGUGUGUGGGGGUGUGUGUGCAAAUUUUAACAUUUAAAUCAGUACACAUUUAUUAUAAGGUUUUUUGAAGGUUUUGGUACCAAAUGUGGGAUUUUUUUUUUUUUCUAUAACAAGAGUUUUGUAGUUGUUUCGCUAUGAUACUUAAUAAUGUGUAUAAAUAUAAUGGUGUCGUUCAUGGCCAGGGAUCCCUCAGACAGCUUGCCUGCAGUCUUUGCUUUGCUGUGUGCUUUACUGCUCUACUGCCUUUGUACCUGCAGGACUGGCUCUAUAUCUCACAUGUGGAGGACCUUCCUAUAAUCUACCUGUCAAUAUACACUAUAUAGAUAUCGAUAAAUAGCUAUAAACAAAUAUGUAACCAUGCAUGUG